AUGAAAUAUGCACGUUGGCAAGAAACUUUGAAAGACAAUCCUACGUUUUUAAAAAUAACUCUUCCAUACACGGACACGAAUGAAGUUCCAAUCUACCACUUGGUAGCUGACGUGGAAAACAUCAUCCAGACGAACCGGGUGGAAGAGGUCCAGGAACGCAACAGGUGUGCAGUUGCCAACCAAAUCCAGAAUUUUCUUCAUGCAGAAAAGAAAAAGGAUAAGCGCGAUCCGGUCACCAUCUUCUACCGAUCCGCCACCAAAGCAACCAGAGUUUUCUUGAAACAACACCCUGAAUUAAUCGUCAUCGAAGCAGACAAAGGGAACAAGACAGUCGUGAUGCAACGCGAGGAGUAUGAUGGGAAGCUACAACGCAUGAUCGACGAUGACAACACCUACAAGAAAUUGACACGGGAUCCAACAUCAUCGUAUCAAAAACGCAACAACGAAUUCGCCAAACGGUUGGCGGAUUUAAAACUCAUCGAUCGUGCCACUGAAAUGAAGCUAAAAACAUACAGAGCCAUCUCCCCCCGAAUAUAUGGUGCGCCGAAGGCACAUAAAGAGGGACUACCGCUGCGCCCAGUGGUACCGUGCAUGACGUCACCGUCGUACACACUGUCACAGUUCGUGGGGAAAAUAAUCCAGAAGACCAUUGCUGGCAGAUACAACGUAACGAAUUCGUUCUCGUUCUGCCAAUAUAUAAAGAGCAUUCAGCUUCCCCCUGGAUAUGUUCUCAUCUCCCUAGAUGUAGUGUCACUAUUCACCUCCAUCCCGAAAGAUUUGGUUCUUCGUGACGUCAUCAACAACUGGGUCAACAUAAAACAAAACACCGACAUCAACUUGGAUUUGUUCCUUGAGAUCACUGAGUUCUGUAUAGACUGCAGUUACUUCCAGUUUAAAGGACAAUUCUUCCAACAAGUGUUUGGGACAGCGAUGGGUAAUCCGCUGUCACCCACAAUCGCGGAUCUGGUAAUGGAAACAUUAAUGGAUACCGUCACAAAACGAAUCAGCUUCCCAAUACCAGUACUGAAGAAGUAUGUGGAUGACUUGAUACUGUCGGUACCCCAAGAGAAAAUUGAUGAGGUAAUUGAAAUUUUCAACCAAUAUCACCUGAAAAUACAGUUCACCGUGGAGGUGGAGAAAGAUGGUCGAAUUCCGUUUUAG